AUGAAGUUCUUGAUAAUUGCCUUCCUUUUGGGAGCUGCAGCUGCAUUUGAGAAUGAUGAUGAUAAGAUUGUAGGAGGUUACACCUGCAAAAAGAACUCUGUCCCAUAUCAGGUUUCCUUAAACUCUGGAUACCAUUUCUGCGGUGGCUCCUUGAUUAGCAAUCAAUGGGUGGUUUCUGCUGCACAUUGCUACAAAUCGAGCAUCCAGGUCAGACUGGGAGAGCAUAACAUUGCUGUGAGCGAGGGCACUGAGCAGUUCAUCAACUCUGCAAAGGUUAUAAAACACGCAAGUUACAACUCCAGAACCCUGGACAAUGACAUCAUGUUGAUUAAGCUGUCUUCUUCUGCCACCCUCAACUCUAAUGUGAAGGCUGUGGCCCUACCUUCUGGUUGUGCAGCUGCUGGCACUACCUGUCUGAUCUCUGGUUGGGGAAACACACUCAGCAGUGGCACAAAUUAUCCAGAUCUACUACAGUGUCUGGACGCUCCCAUUUUAACCGACAGUCAAUGCACUAAUUCAUACCCAGGAGAGAUCACAAAAAAUAUGUUCUGUGCUGGAUUUUUGGCUGGUGGGAAAGAUUCUUGCCAGGGUGACUCUGGUGGCCCCGUGGUCUGUAACGGUCAGCUCCAGGGUGUGGUCUCCUGGGGAUAUGGCUGCGCUCAGAGGAACUACCCCGGAGUCUACACCAAGGUCUGCAACUUCAGUUCUUGGAUCAAGAACACCAUGGCAUCUUAUUAGAAUUCACUAUGAAAUAUUCAUGUUUU